UGUCCCUUUGAGACUGUUGAUGUGAAUUGAUCUAUUCACCGGAAAUAAAUCAUAUGAGGAAAUAAAUCAUAUGAAUUGGAUAAAAUGGCAGAUAAAUUUCAAAGAUUGAGUUUCCUUAAGAAAACGAGAUGUGUUAUGAUUUCUACAAUGAUGAUUACUGUUGUUGGAUAUACUGUUAUUGAGAGGCUUAAAAACAAGCUCGACAUUCCAAGUGUAAAUAAAGUUACAUAUGGAUUUGGCAACGCGUCUGAGAAGCUAAAAGCGCUACCAGGCCCUGACAUCGUGUUUGCGAUUUGCAAGGGUAUCCCCGACCCACCGACCGGAAAAGUGUGGCCUGAGGAGAACUUCCGGUACAUACCGGAAGUGGUCAACCUCGAUGAGCUGCCGCACGCCGCAACUUCUAUGCUGGUGAAUAACGGAAGUCAUACAGUAAAAGUAGGGGAUACUGUGACAUUCACAGUCGUCUUGUGUGACAGGCAAGGCAAGAGGCGGCAAAGGGGUGGAGACCUGGUCCGCGUGUGGCUUACGGAGCCCGCCGUAGGUGCGGCGGUAAACGCCCGCGUUCUCGACAACGGGGACGGCAGUUACACUGCCGCCACUACGGUAUUCUGGGUAGGCAGACCGGAAAUUAAAGCUGCAAUUAUUUCUCCACGAGAGGUCAUCGCUGCAGUGCUCAACCGAAGGCACAUCUGUCCGCCAGUGCUUGUCAACACAGCAAUAUUUCAACAUCCUGUUGACAAGUCCAUUAAAGAAGAGACGCCAUGUAACGCUUAUCCCCACGUGACCGGAUAUGACGUCAUCUGCAACCUCACCGAAGAUAACUUUGGAUGGCAUUGGUAUUGUGGCAAACCAAGACACGACCAGUUGCAGUGCGUCGAUUGGACGGCGGUAGCCGACCGGAACUUGUGGAGCCUUGGGACUGAUAUCAACUUCCAGUCGGACAACAGAAAAGCGCUCUGCUCUUUGGAUCACUCAUCACAAGUAUUACUUGCAUCCAUAAGAAUCACUGUUACAUCAGAUUCAAAUAUAAGUCACGUCAUCGCAACACCCCCUUGCAGUAGAAGCAUCCUGUCUCACACGUGGAAAAUGGACUCGCCCACUGGUCACCUAUAUAAAAACACGUGGUUCAGCAAAAAUUGUCGCCCUUGGAUUACAAAACACGAGAUAAGGGAGUGUUUACGUAAUACGAACAUUGCGUUAAUAGGGGACUCAACGUUAAGGCAGAUGUUUUACUCAAUCCGCACGCUUAUCUCAUGCAAAUGGGGCAGUGACACGUUUGCCAAUGGCGGAAAGCAUCGAACCACUUCUUGCAAUGAUAUCACCACCAAUACAUCUCUUGCGUGGAUUCCCCAUGGCCUCCCGUUCUGUACAGGCGAGCUUCCUCGGCAGUACUUGAAGACCUUCAAGGCGUCAGUAAAUAUCUUACGUAAAACUGACCAAAGAAAUAUUAUCGUAUUUCAUAUAUACGCCCAUACACUGAACUAUCAUUCUCGUGUGUUCUAUAGUAUUCUAAAGGACCUUGCUUCUGUUAUAAGACGAAUAAUAGCUGACAACGACAACACAUUUGUUGUUUUAAAGGGACCUCAUGCGUUUUCAUUCGCUAAAUCAAAAGACCAUGUGAUAUGGAUGCCAGAUGUGUAUGCAUCAAUUUAUACAAACUUCAUCAAUGACGAAUUUGAUGAUAUCAAAGAUCGAGUGAUGUUCUUGGAAGCUCUAGAUAUGACCAUAGCAACAGAACAAUGGCACAUACAUUCUGAGAAAAAUAUCAUUCUUCAGCAUGUUUUGCAAAUACUUGAACAUGUUUGCUGAUUAUGUGUUUAUAUGUUUAUAUAAUAAAGAUAAAUGAUA